AGUUUUUCUUUCCAUUUUGUUAAAGUGUAUGAGCAAGGAGAUGACCUCAAUAGUAUUUUCUUCCUUUAAACCCUCUAAAUAAAGGUAAGGUACAAAAUGUCCUUUUGGUGGGUAGAUGUGAUGGUCUAAAGAGAGGAAAGCCUAGGCACUAAGUGCAGAGGUGUGGCCCUCGUGACAGGUACAUGGGGAGGAGCUGAGCUACCUGUGCUCUGCAGGCAGUCAGGACACAUUGAACAGUACACCUGUUGAACUUCCCAGGCAGUCUCUCUCUUUCAACCCUCCUGUUCUCUUUCACUGACCUGAGGAAAGGGGGACCUGACAGGCUCGCCAUGGAUCCCAGGGAGGCCGGUGGGGGUGAGAAGGACAAGGAAAGACAGAUAAAAAGAAAAAACCGGCCUGUGUUCCUGCGGUACCUGGAGAGGAGAAAGACGGACACUAUAGUGGUCGAUGACAUGGCCAAAGGUGACAUCAACCUGGGGACGCUGGUGAGGAGGAGUCAGUCUGACAAGACGGAGUACAGCGCUAAAAUUAAAGACAAAUUGAUGCCACUUGACCUGUCAGCUCUUCCCUCUCCGGUGCUGGACGUGGAAGAGAUUUGGUCCAGGAAGAUGAGCCGCAGGGCGAAAGUGAUAAAAGAACUUGUGCAAACUGAAAAGGACUACCUCACUGACUUGGAACUGUGCAUCAGAGAAGUCGUCCAGCCUCUGCGAGUGUUACAGGUUGUUGACGUAGACCGACUUUUCACCAACAUGGAGACGGUGUGUGAGGUGUCUGCCGCUCUUCUUAACAGACUGCACGUGGCCAUGUCUGACCCAGAUCCAGAAGCAGUCGUCAUAGGGGAAGUGUUUAUUCAGGCAAAGGCAGCUUUAGAAGAUGUAUAUAAGAUUUAUUGUUACCACCAUGACGAUGCCAACAUGUCUUUGAAAGCCUAUGAGAAGGAGGAACAGAUAAAGCAGCAUUUUACUAUAUGCAUCUUAGCAUUGAAAAAAAUCUAUGACCAAGAAGGAAAACCCAAUUUGUUGGACAUGGGCUCCCUGCUGAUCAAACCAGUCCAGAGGAUCAUGAAGUACCCAUUGCUUCUGGGGGAACUUUGGCAGGCCACCCCUGAAGACCACAUUGACUAUCUGCCCCUGCAGGAGGCGCUCACCGCUUCCAAGAUCAUAAAUGUUAACAUCAAUGAGUUCAGGAGACGGAAAGACAUAGUUAUGAAGUACAAGAGGUUAGAAAACGAUGAAGGCACGCUGAGGGGCAAGCUAAACAAGAUUAACAUCCACUCUCUCCGGAAGAAAGGAGACAGGUUUGCAGGAUAUCUGAAGAUUCUCACUGGAGUAGAACCACAGGUGAGAGAUGAAGUGUUUGAUAAGGAAGAGAAACUGUUCAGGAGUUUGGAAAAAGCUGUGAGGCAACUGGCCAAGAAUGUUAACUGUUAUGUGCAAUACACUCAGGAGAUGGUGCCUGUUGCUGUUCAGAACAUGAAGGACAUGGAAAACAUUAUUAUGGAUCCAAGCAAAGCAGACACAAAUGGCUCGUCACACAAGAAUGGCAAAGAUCCUUAUAAGUACUUUAAAGAGCGAAUGGAGGAGUUGGUUCUGCUGCCCCUCACCUCUCUGCAGGGCAUGUUCACGGCUCCGCAGAAGCUCAUCCAGAAGCGUUAUGACAAGCUGCUGGACUACUGCUGCCGCUUGGAGCGCUCCUCCUCUUUUGCUUCCUCAUCCUCCACCUCCACUGUGUCCUCCACCGCCUCACCAGCGUCAGAUGUGCCUCCUGGUCCUGCCAAGAGAGACUAUGAAGCCAUCAAUGCUUUGCUAGUGGAUGAGUUGCAGAGGUUCAACAUGGCGGCUUAUACUAUCCUGACAAACUGCGUGCUGUGUCUGGUGGCCCUGCUCAGAGGACUGAUGGUUUGCGCUUUGGUUGGAGCUCCGGCUGUUCACCAGCUGCCUCCUCCAUUGUCAAACAUGGUUGAAGUGCAGAACAGCAUUAUGGAUGAGCUGAACAAUCUGACAUUUGUGAAGGAUAAUGCUCAGAAGUUAAUGGAGAGAAAAGUCAGCUUUGAGAGGCAACGAGACAAAAAAACAGUGGUGCAGGAGGUGCAGCAUCAAACAGAGGAACAGCGCGCCUGGCUGCUGGCGGAGUACCCACCGAACCGCCUCUACCAGCUGAAGAGGAAGUGUAAUGGCUGUCAGGAGCAGGACCUCAGCCUGCUGGAGGGAGAGCUGGUGGCCUUGUUGGAGGAUACAGACCCUUUAGGCAGCAGCAGCCGUUGGCUGGUGCACAACGGAGGUGACAAAGGCUAUGUCUACUCCACGUUCCUGAAGCAGUACAACCCUCUGAGGGACUCCCAGCGGGCAAACCAGAAGGCCAAAGAGCAGCAGCAGCCUCCUGUCAUCACAUAUGAGGACUUUGACGAUCUCAGCCUGUUUGUGUCACCCAGCAGCAGCAGCAUGCGUAGCCUCAGCCUGAACACCACAGACAGCAGCUCAACCCUCUCAGGUCUGCAGGGAGAGCUGGAGAACGCUGAAGAACUGGAAGAGUCGGUGGAUGGUGACACCCAACAGUAUUAUGCCGUUUAUGCAUUUCACGCACGCUGUGAACAGGAGCUGUCCCUGCAGGAGUACCAGCAUGUCCGCAUACUCCAGUUCUGUGACCUGGGCGGAAACAAGCAGUGGUGGUUGGCUGAGGCCAAUGGACAGAAGGGAUACGUCCCUGCUAACUACCUUGGCAGAAUGUCAUAUGCAUGAAUCUAGAAUGUAAAAAUGACAAAAAGAAAGCAAUAUGAAGAGUUAUGAUGUCAUACCCACCCUUUUUUCAAGUAAUGUCGUACAUUUUGGAAAUUUGGGAUUCAAAUAUUCUGUAACUGUUCAAGGUUACAUAUUUCUCCAUUUUGAGUUUAAUACCAAAGUCAUGAGAAAAUUAACUACAAGAGCGUGUUUAUUUCUGUGUCGCAACAGCUUCUAGUACAUUGUUUUAAAUUUAUUCAACAAAUGGCCCAUUUAAAUGGAGCCUGAGCAUGGUUAAGCUUAUUUCUUUAAGCUAUGUUGUGGAUUAAAGCCUUCCCAUGGCAUUAACAUUAGAAGCUGAUGUUUAAAACGCCAUCUGUGAUUAGUUAUUUGUCACCAUCCUUUAGUCAGAACAAGAUACUUUCAUCAGUUCCACAAAGAAUUUCAUAUUUUAAAUUGGAGAGGCACGAGAGCUUUGUGUGACACAAGAUCAGGUCAUAUUUUAAUAUGCAUCAAAUUAUACAACUUAAUUUUUUAUUUUUGAAAUAACAUUUCUCCACAUCGUCUUCAAGAGCUAAUUUGACUUGUUUGUAAGAAAACUUUCUAUUUAGUAUUUUUUUUUACAUUUAAAGCCUUACACAAAAUGUCAUUAAAAGUGCUAAAACAAAUGCCUAUUAUGGGGUCUUGAUUACCCCAAGAUACCACAGGUUUCUCCAGUACUCUAAUAAGCAAGCUUUGGAGUUCAUUUUUGCUCCAUCAUCCUCUUCAUACUGGAUUAUGGAAAGAUAAACGUUGUUCCUUGUCUAUCAUUUUGUGGUCAGACUUCCAGGUGUUUUAAGAUCUCUUUGAUUUACAGCCAAGUUUAGGCAGCUAGCUAUAUUGUUAUAAUUUUCAGAUUGGCAAAGACCAACACAUAUUCAGCUUAUGGCAUGUUCUCUUGAUAUCCAUUUGGAAGAAUAGAUAAAAUAUAUUUGGUAUCACAUCAGUCCAAGAAACAGAAAGCCAGGGGUUACCAAUUAAAAUUUUAAGCACCCUGAUUACCUAAAAAAAGAAGUACAAUUUACCAAAAUGCUUUAGUUACACAUGCUUUAAAGGAUUUGUUAAGGGUGCCAAUGAGCAUAGUGCCAAUAACUCUCUAAAAGUAUAAAACUUGUUCACCACAGAAUAAAUGUACUCAAAGGAAAAGUUGGUUCACUGAUUUUAACUUUCAGAUGGAUAUUACUGCAAAAAAACAAUUUUAUUUUUUUUUACAUAGACUGCUUGUGGUCCCAAUACAUGUAGAAAGCUCUGUAUGUGGUAACAUUUAAGAUCAGAACUAGUCAACAAUCAGAACAUUCUUUUUUAGACGAUAAAGCAAGAACAAGGUUUUUGUCUUUUUAGCAACCCCCCUAGAUCUGUUAACAUGUAGAAUUUCUGCAUUGUGAAUACUGAAACUGCACUUUCUAGAUGUAAAUGUUUUGCAGCCACCAUGUAAAACUGCUUUGUCUUUAUAUGAAUGUAGCGGGAGAGCUCACCGUUGGUAUUUAACCUGUCAUUUGGUUUGAAUGAAAGUUCAGAUGAAACUGCAGUGCACUUUGCUGAGCACCUUUUGUACCUCAGUGUUGUUAAUAUUGAAGUGAUACGAUCAUGAAGUAAUAUGUGUCUUGAUUUAGAGAUCAUUUAUAUAAAUGAAGAAAAUUAUGAAGAAUAUAUUUUAUGAUUUGUUCAAAAUGUUUUGAUUUGCAGAAUUCAUUUUUUUUAAAUUUUUGAAACAUUUAAUAAAUACGACUAAUUUCUA